UACGCCACUCCUGCUGUCCCUCAGGACAACAUCAUUUUGAAGGUCCAUCUUUCAAAAUUACCUUUCUUGCCAGUAGCCGAUCUACACACCACGUUGGUCGACAAUUUUUCUCGUUUCGGUAACGUGAGAGACGUCACCAUUUACCUCGACGAUGAGUCCAACACAGCUUUCUGUGGCAACGGUGCUAUCUUCUUGGACAGAUCAAUUGAUCCAGCUAACCCCAAAGCCUGGGAUAAGCUCACGUAUAAAAUCGAUUUAGGUAACCAGUCCUUCUGUCUUGGUAAAUGGGCUAAGAUGGAAUCCCAUUGUGUAUAUUGCAAACAAAUGGGUCAUACCCGUAAGGACUGUCAAGAGAUUCCACCCAUAAGUAAGACGUGUUACCUGUGUGAUCGACGUGGUCAUCUAGCCCGCCAUUGUCCCCGCGCUCACGAUAACUCGAUCGCAUCUUCAAAAAAGCGAGUUCGUAACGAAGAACAACCUUUG